AUGACCUGCCAAUACAUCAGCGGAAGCAGUCCUGCGCCUGGAGAGCACCGGGACAUCUCUGCUACCAACGCCACAACCGGCUCACCAUCAUCUCACAACGACCAGAGCGCCGACGAGUCUGACUUGCUCCGCUUCCGAAGCAUAAUCUACAAGCAGAAGCGGCAUGGCGAUACCCUGCUUCUGAGUUACCCGAUCCAGAACCACGAGACCGUCUCGGCUGGCAACGUUGUCGAGCUGACCUGCCAGAUCUCGUCAUUCAAGCUGAACUUCCUCUUGGUUCAGCAUGUCAUACGCACUCAGUUUGGCGGUGUCCUCGUGGCAGGCACUCCGAUUGGCCGGUCUCGCGUGAUGAGAAGCUGGCUGCCUCCCAAGCCGCACGAGGCAUGCUUAGUCUUCGAGACAGUUGAUGGCCUCACUGCCACGACUGAGCAACAGGCACUCGUUGAGGUGCCCAUAGAUGAAGUCAAACGACGCCAGCGUGUCAUUUUCACCAACGCGUCAUAUCCUAGCUUCCGUCAAGAGGCAUUGCAGUCCAACGCUUUGAUAUGCCGCUGGACUUGUACCCUGAAGUACCCCAAGGCCACGGGACACGCGGGGACCAGGCAACAAGCGCGAGAAACUGUCCUGCAGACUAUCGACCCAUCACAAGCCUCCACCGGAUACGCAGUCUCCAACAACAAGCGGCGCAGGGAUUGGCGGGGCAUUGAGAGCAUUCGUGGAGGCACACACCGGCCCGUACCGACGAAGGAUGGCAUCGCAGUUGUCAUACUUGACGACGACGACGACCAUGCUAUGAGCGCCACUUCUGACAGUGAGAGCUCAGCCAACGUAUGGUCCCACAGUAUCCCUGGCCAGAUGUACACCUUUGGCGACAUGUUCUGCGGCGCAGGUGGCACUUCCUGCGGCGCCCAGGCCGCUGGCUUUCAUGUCCAGCUCGGUUGCGAUGCGGAUAGCAUGGCUUGUGCCACAUACAGGAUGAAUUAUCCUCAGGCCAAGCUCUAUCACGCCAAUGUCGCCAAUCUGAUCACUUCCGCUCGGCGACAUCGGGUAGACGUCCUACACCUUUCGCCCCCUUGCCAAUUUUUCUCUCCAGCUCACACAAAACCUGGCCAGAACGACGAUAUGAACACGGCAGCGCUUUUCGCCUGCAGUGACUUGGUCAACAAGAUCAGGCCCCGCAUCUUCACUCUAGAGCAGACCUUCGGAAUCACCCACGGUGGGCACGAAAUGUACAUGGCUAGUUUGAUUCGUGGCUUUACGGAGCACGGGUACUCUAUACGCUGGGGUGUGGUCCAACUGCUUGGCUGGGGCACAUGUGCGCAACGCAGGCGACUCAUCAUCAUCGGGUCCUGCCCAGGCGAAGCUCUGCCAACGUUGCCCGCCCCCACACACGCGGCAUCAGCGGUUCGAGGUCGACAGCAGCGAUUCAUAACUGUCGCGGACGCCCUCUGUCGGCCCCCUCCCGUCAUGACAGCAUUGCACGACCCGCAUCACGAGCCACGAGGGAUGCGCAGACUGAACCUUGCCCCCUGGAACCCAAACCAGUUCCUGUCGAAGACGAUCACAACGGGCGGCACCCAGGGAAACGACUGCCACUUUAGUGGCACUCGCAAGUUCACACCUCGAGAGAUUGCGGUCCUUCAGGGCUUUCCGUGGACGUACAAGUUCAGCCCCAAAGGUGUAGUCAAACAAGCCGGAAAUGCAUUUCCACCCACAGCUGUCAAGACGCUGUACAUGACCUUGCCCGGGUCGCACGCCUUGCCGCAGAUCAUCGUGCUUGAUGAUGAUGAUGAGGAAGCUCAUGUUCACCAUAGCGAUGACGAGGUUAUUAUCACCGAUGCCUGGGGCCGCGAAGCAAAUGGCGGCAGAAGCAGCAGCUGUAUCAGCAGUGACGAUGAUGAUGUGAUCAUGGUCGAGGACGAUGAUGAGGACCGUCUUUUCUCGCCUGUUGAUGAUCUUUCACGUGAGAGUUCACUCACUUUACCGGAACUUGACCAGGACGAAGAGCCAACACUGCGUACUGGCUUUGUAGUGCACCAGCUGAGUGACGGACAUGACGACCUUGAUAUGGAUGUUGUUGAGAUUAGCACUUUACGUGCUACCCAUACUACAUAGCUAGGGACGUUAGGGCUUUGACCAUUGUGUGACCAUGUGGAGCACCGGACAAGCGACUUGAUUCGGGACCAAAGAAGAGUUUGAGGGAACUACCCCGUGAGAUAUCCCGACAAUCCCUAUUCUGUUGGUGUAGGAUAGUUCAGGAUUCCAGUAAUACAAGAGAAACUGCUGUUGGUAACGCCAAA